AACAAACCCACCAUUUUUUCCCCGGAAUCCAAACAAAAAAACAACUAUUCAACAAACACGUCUUCAUAUCCUAUCAUGUGUUACCACGUGAUUUAUGUCUUUCCAUCCCCGGAUUUUGCAGUCUACUCGCCAAUCCCACGUCUUUCCUAUUUCAUUAAAGUUUGAUUGAAAAACUCUUUAGUUUUACGAACAGCAGCUUAUUAUCAACUGACAACUCUCCCUGAACCCCAGCUUCUAUUUUGUCCCAACAAACAGUGUUAGUUUCUUGGAUUAGCUUUUUUUUUUUUUCGUUUUCUGACUAAUCAAACAAAAACCUAUGUGGGUGAGUUUAUUUCAUGGUGUGUACAUCCCAGGCACGUCAUUUUCAUAGCCAUUACUCCCCUCUUUCACCAUAAAUAUUUCUGUGUCGUUUAUCUGGGAGAAUCCAUUAUUAAUGCUUUCCCUUUCAUCUUCAAUGCACACACACUCUCUCUAUCUAUUUGUUUUUUUCUUUCGAUUUCUUCCCAGUUCUGUGCAACUCAAAAUAACCUAAAAAAAAAAACCCUCAUUAAUUCUCCGCUGUUCGUACAAAUUUUUUUUUUUCCUCUCAAUGAUGAUUUUUCAACAUUCAAGUUUCUUCAAUGUUGUAUUUUGUUAAACAUAAAUACAUACACUGUUUUAUAUAUCGCUUAUUAAUUGAAAGAUGCAGAAGCCAGCUUGAAACUCGCUGAUCGUUCUUUCUUGCUUGUACCGACUUUAUUUAUAUUUAUUUAUUAGAUAAUCACUUUCGAUUUGCCUAGAUAAGUUCAAGCUCGCAUUUGAAGCAUCUCUUUCCCUCUCUUGUCAUGCCUCUUUUAUGUGUUUUACUUCACAGCACUUGUGACUCCAACACACACGCACACUCUUAGUCUUUCUCUCUUUUGCUUGGUAGAGUUUUAGAGUGUGAAGUAAAUUUCUUCUUAUCAAUAUUUGAAGGGUUUUACUGAUAUUUUUCAUUGUUUAAUUAGGCUUUUUUUUUUUUUUUUUCCGUGUGUUUGUGGUUUUAAAAACAAUCUUGAUAAACAAAAAAAAGAUGGGGAGGACGCCAUGUUGUGACAGGAAAGGUUUGAAGAAAGGGCCAUGGGCUCCUGAAGAAGAUGAGAUCCUUGUAAAUUACAUCAAGGAACAUGGCCAUGGAAGCUGGCGUUCACUUCCUAAGCUUGCAGGUCUUCUUCGGUGCGGCAAGAGUUGCAGGCUUCGGUGGACAAAUUAUCUUAGGCCAGACAUAAAACGUGGUCCCUUCACCUUUGAGGAAGAGAAACUUGUCAUUCGGCUUCAUGGCAUUCUUGGAAACAGGUGGGCUGCAAUUGCUUCUCAACUGCCAGGAAGAACGGAUAAUGAGAUCAAGAACCUAUGGAACACCCACCUGAAGAAACGUCUACUUUGCAUGGGUCUUGAUCCACAAACUCACGAGCCCUUUACUCCUUGCGGUCCAACCGCAGCAGUACCUACAUCUCCUGCCACCCGCCACAUGGCUCAAUGGGAGAGUGCUAGACUCGAAGCCGAGGCUCGCCUUUCAAAGGAGUCAUUUCUCUUCAAUUCACCAUCGUUUAGAAAGCCUGACUCUGAUUAUUUCCUACGCUUAUGGAAUUCUGAAGUUGGAGAAUCGUUUCGGAAGUUGAAUACAGAAGAUAAAACUGCUUGUCAAAGCACAUCUUCAUCAACAAAAUGUGGAUCAGUUUCAGCUGUUACCAUUGAUAUUUGCCCUAACAUAGCAGGGUCCUCAACCCCCGCAAGUAAUCAAAUUGAGGAUACAGAAUGCAAGAGCUUCAAGUCAUGCACUGAGGAUCCAGUUGAUGCAUCCGAUUCAUCAUGUUUAAACGAGUCAGAAGAUUCAUCAGACUCUGCACUGCAAUUGCUGUUGGAUUUCCCCAUUAACAAUGACAUGAGCUUCCUGGAAAAUGUUGAUACUUAUGCCACAUCUGCCGCAAUGUUGACCGAAACAUCUCUUAUCUCCCCCUCCGAAGGUUACCUGAACUCAUGAUUUGUAUUAUAUUGCCCUUAUUGCUUGAAUUUUGAUCCGGAGUUUAGUGCCAAAGCCAGUUGUAUGCUAAGGUUACUGCCUGUUGGCCUAACUUCACUUCUAUGCUAGGCAGUUAGCUGGUUAGCUGAGGUGACGCCACCAUUGAACCCAGUUUGUUUAUCGUAUAUGGUACUAGCAGAUAUGAAUUCCUUAUAACCUUUGCAGCUUUUUUAAUCAGUGAUUUGCAAAUUCUUUACUUGCUUAUUUUCUUAACUGGAUCAACAGAAAUAUAUGACCCCAUAUUCAUCAGAAUUCUGACCAUUCCAAAUUUCAUUGUAAAUAUCUGUCAUGUAAUCAUGUUCAUGCAAUCACUGCAUAUAUAUAUAAUAAGGAAUCCAAAUUAUGCUAAUAUCAAAGAAGUAAAUUUUAAAUGCUCCAAUCAAUCCCAAAACCC